CUCGCAUAUCAUAAAUAAUGGAACCUGAAAGCCAUGUAUUUGCCGGUUGGUCCAGGGAAGAGAGGUUUUGUUUACUACGAGUAGUUGAUAUUGACAUCGAAAAAAUUAGAAAACAAAUACCUUCUAAAAGUCCAAGUCAAAUCAAACAAGCUAUUAUUUAUAUAAUAAACUCGCUGUACCCGUCUGAUGGAGAUCCUCCACCAUGCUCUCGCAUGAAGCUGUCCGAGUGGCGACAAUUUUUAACUAGCUCUUCAGCUGAUCCAACUGAGCGUCGUGCAGAAGGAGCAAUAACAGCUAGAAUGAUUGCUCAGCUCGAGUAUAUACCGGCACCUGAGCGCACCUGGAACAUAGACUUUAAAGAGGUAUUCCUGCAGAUGGCUAAUGCUAUGGAAGGUAGACCUGUAGUUGCUGAUGCGGCAGUCACUGAAGUUCUUUAUCUGAUGGCGACGGACACUGUACGACGUUGCAACGGAAUUGUACCUCCCGGACUUAAAGACUUCAUAUCUAAAAUCAAUGCGGGUACUAAACCUACGCCUCCACGUGCUCCUCCACAGUCGCAGUGUCUGCAAGAUCCACGUGCCGUCUUUAUGUAUUCACAAGGCGGCUAUGAUCCAAUUUACGCCCCGCCUGAGAUUGUAAAUCCUUUUAGGACCGGCAGACACUCCAACAGAUCGUCCAGGCGGCAUCGUCAGUAA